UACAGCACCUCUCGUUAGGAUAUUGGCUAUUUCUAAUUGAAAUAGACAUUUUAAGUGAUAUAAACGAUAUAGGUAGUGUAUUUAGGCUGUGAAAGUUUCGUUAUAUAUUUGUGUACGUUUUUGUGAAAAUCUAGUGUUUUCCCGUGGUCAGAUACGUGUUUGUCAUCAUCAUCGUCAGCAAAAUACAACCUUUAGUUUUGAAUGUAUAAUUUUCGAGUGACUAAGGUCUAAAAACAGUGAUAAAUUGUUAACUAAAAGAGUUUUACCAAAUGUGGAAGAGCAAAUAGUUUUAGUGAUAUGGCGUUUAAAGUGGAAGAUUUGAACAUUCGUGAUGUGAUUAAGGUUUUGGAGUGUUGGGAAAUGACCGAGUUUGUGGAAUUUGUGAAAGAAAAGGAGAUUAAUGGGCGCAAAUUAUUGGAAACCUCUGAAGGACUCAUAAAUAUAUGGCGUCCGAAUGCCAACGCUAAAAAACUAAUAUUAUUCAUACAAGAAAUGAAGCAAAACCCACAGAAGUAUAUUAACUGCAUAAGAAAUGAUGAUGUUAUCACGAUAAAAGAAACAAACCUUUGCAGUGACAGUCAGUAUCAAACCGUGAGCAUCAGGAAGAUAAGUCAACAAGAUAACAGUAAUAAUAGGGUUGAUGAAAUUUUGAAAAAAAUUACUGCACCAAAAAGCUUUUUAUAUAAACAUCAUGCAAAACGACAGCAGAGAUCUGUGACCUCAUAUGUACCUAUGAAUGUAAAUACAGAAAAGAAGCCAAGAAACUUUUUUCGACUAAGCUCAUACGACUAUCCUAUAUUUGAUCUAAAAAAGCGUUUUACAAAAACAGAGCACUUCACAGAUAGAGGUUACUAUCCAGUGAAUAAGACUUCUAAAGAAGUUAGACCUAAAUAUAAAUCUAUGAGUUCUACUGAAGAGUUUAAUGAUAAGCUUCCAGAGGAUCAUUUCUAUGAAGAUUUGUGUUAUAAUGAUGUUAAAGAAGACAACAAUUCAAAAACAUUUAGUUCGAUUCAAAAUAACCAAGUGAAACCUUGUAUGGUUAAAAUACAAGAAUUAUUUCAGUCCUUUAAACUACCUUUUUUCAAAAAGACUGAAGAAGUAGUUACAAAUAAACCUGAAGAUAGAAGUAUUAUAGAUUCAGGAAGAGCAAAAGAUGGAAAUAUUUAUGAAAAUACUUCUAUAGAUAUGUACGACUCGGUUCAUGUAGCUACACACCAGGAUCUGAAUAAGAAAGAAGACAAUCAGGCAGGACUGGCAGUUGAAGACUACCUGGUGCCAGUGCAAGUCUUCAAGGACUACUGCGACGUGUGUGUGAAGCAGAAGGACGAUUCUCUUCUGGGUUAUAUCAUGAACUACUUCGAAAGCCGAUUUGGAAUUAGACGAGAAACAAACGAUGCCGCCCAGUCAGAGGAGUCGGAAACGGAGCCACCUGUCGAACGGGAAUGGGAGCGGAAGGUCAACAUGGCCGCUCGGCCACUUCCGGUGCCCGUGGAGAACGAGCCAUACUAUAUGAAUAUCGAUAGAACCGAGGCCGAAAACCUGUUGACCGGCCAGCCCGACGGCACUUAUAUUUUGCGGCCAUCCAGCCAGCCCAAUCACGCUUAUACCUUGAGCGUCACCUGCGCAGAUUCAGUCCACAACGUGGGCAUCAGGAGACGCCCAGACGGCCGCCUGGCUCUGGGCUUCGCGCGCCGCGGCGAACGUAGCUUCACCAGCGUGACGUCACUGCUGCGUCAUCACAAGAAACGUCGCCUGCUCCUGGUGGCCGCUGGAGGGCUGAUCGGAGCUACCACGCUUAAUGACACCCCUCAGUAUUACCAAACGCCCAGCGAUAUUCCCAUUCUGUAAUACUAUGUAUAUAGUUAUGAUACCCUAGUAGUUGGGUUGUAGGCUUUCUCCCUAUCGGUGGUACCGUGCUCGAAUUGUCUUCAUCGCUGAAGGUCGUGUCAUGAUUAAAGCACUAAUCGUAUAUUCUGUGCUUAUUUAAGCUUAAAUAUAAUUAAGUCUAUAGCGGAAGAUAU